GGUGUUUGGAAGUUUGGAAUCGCUGUAAACAUGUCUAAAGAGAUCAAACAAGUUGUGGAAAAAGUUGUUUUCUUUUCGAGCCAAUACGGAUCAGACAAAUCGAAAAGCUAUACAGCUGCGAAUUUAGCUGGGAAAUUUUACAACUACCCGAACUAUGGCGAUUUCACCCAAGCAUUUGUUUUGAGAUCUUAUGGACCGUGGUGGGAAAUGUCACCAUCAUUCCGAGCCCCUAUUGACAAGUCAAGAAGAAAACUCAACAGUGAGGAUUUUGUUGAUCUUCAAUUUGAAGAGUCUGUAUACCCCACUAAGAUUGAGAUUCUUGAAACCUACAAUCCUGGAGCAGUGGUUGGCGUCUUGGCCCUGGAGUCUGUUAGCUCUUUUUCAAAGUCAAAAAAACCCAGAUGGAGAACUCUGUGGUGUGGAGCUCCUCAAGAUUGUCCAGCUCGAGCUAGAAAAUUUACCCCACCCCUCAAAAGACUAAAUCAUCCUACAAAAUUAAUUCGGUUGGAGUUCAAUCAAAGUCAUCUCAGCUAUUACACUGAACUUGAUGCCGUUAUUUUGUAUGGAACAGCAACUAGCAAUGACUUUCAGCAUAAAGAAUUGAAAAGUUUAGCAAAAGGUGAUGAUGCACAGGUGUCUAUAACAACAAACUUGUUUGCUCAACUGUCUGUCAAGUCUGGUGAGAAAGAUAAUAAAAAUGGCAGUCAGGGAGAGUUAGGAAACAAUGGAUACUUUGAUAUUUUACCGGACGAACUGAUUCACUAUAUCUUCUCAUUCUUGGAACUGAUAGACUUAAUCAGAGCUGCAUUUACAUGUAGAUUGUUUUCUGUACAUUGCUUUGACCCUGUUUGGUACAAAGAAUUGGAUUUGAAGCCCUACUGGAACCAGAUAACAGAUGAAACAUUGGAUCAUCUUCGGAUUUGUUGUGCUUCCACAGAAAAGUUAGACAUGUCCUGGUUAGGACCUUAUGACGCUGUUACCCGCCAUGGAAUUUCUAGAUUUCUGCGGAAGUGUGGAAGUAACCUUUUGUGUUUAAGACUAAGUUGCUGUCAGUUUGUGGACGGUGAAGUGAUUAAAACCAUAAGCAAGUUUUGUCCCAAUUUGGAAGAACUUGACCUCCAGUCCUGCAGUUCAGAGUCGUUACUCAGUGAAUAUGGGCUUCAUGAGCUUGCAAACUUGAAAAAAAUGAAACGAAUCAAUCUUUACCGAGUUCCCGUCAAGGAUCUUCUGCUGAAACAAUUGAUUCAGUCUUUUAGUAAUCUUCAGCAUUUGAAUCUCGGUGACUGUCAACACGUUACGGAAUGUGACACCAUCAUGCAGUUACUCAGUGAAUACUGCAAAGGAUUAGUAUCUCUUGAUUUGUGGAGGAACAAAAGUCUUACAGAUGACGGUAUCAAGUCAUUAGCUGACGGCUGUACUCUACUGGAAGAACUUGAUGUGGGAUGGUGCUCCACAGUGACAAACGCGGCGGAAUGUAUAUCUUGCUUGACCUCUAAAUGUAGGAAACUGAAAAAGUUGUUUCUUACAGCGCUGAGGUCAGUCAGUGACGAUGUCAUAAAUGCGUUAGCAAAUAACUGCCCUGACUUAGAACAAGUAGAUGUGCUGGGAACUGGUCUCAUUCGUCCCCAUUCUAUUACUAGGUUGUUAAAAGAAUGCAAAAAGUUGCGGUUCCUCGAUGUCUCCUUCUGUUCGCAGUUAUCAAAAGAGUUUGUCGAAAAUUUGCGGUCUAUGUAUCCAGACGUGUCAAUUAAGAAGAGUUUUGUGACGGACGACCCGUUCUGAUAUGUAAGACCCGAUACUGGGUUAACCCUUUAGAUCCUAAGAGUGGAUAGCAUCUAAUUUCUCCUUACAAUAUCACCCCUGAAUCAAAAAUUUAUGGUCAAUGAUCACCAAUUCGAGGGACUCCUGGUUGUUAAACAAAUUCUCCCCAUCAGCAUCUCAGAAAAUGUAUAGAGAUCAUUAUAGAGAAUAUGCAAACUGAUAUUAGGGUGUAAAGGGUUAACGCGGAAUUUCCUAAGUUGUCUAUCGGCCGAAUGCCUGAAUUAAUUAUGGUCAUAGAAAAGUAGUCGCCGCUAUUUGGUUACGUGGUAAGCGCUUGAUAAACCACUGAUGCUUCUCCGGUGCACUUCAAUUUACAUUCAAUUCAAUGUAGAAAAGUGUUAAUAAUUUAGCGUGCCGAACAGGCAUAACUUUUGCUUUUAUUAGGCGAACGGAAGUAAACGCGAAGCGCUAGUCACGUACUGGUGAUGAAGCACCAUCGUUCGUGAUCCGCGCUCGUUUCGCACUUGUCUUUGUUCGCCUGAAAAACACAAAUAACUUUCCGUCUGUUCUGCAGGCUGCUAAUAAUGUGAUUCAUUUUUUAUUAUUGUAAAAUUUAGAUAACUCAGUUAUUUUAAGUUUUAUGUAGCUUAGUGUAGCUUACAAUGUAAAGAAUGCUUAAAACCGCUCUUUAAUCCAUCGAUCAAUAUAAUUUUUAUCCUCUAGGUUUUUAAAUUCUUUUAACGUAUGUACUGUUACUUUAUUAAGUGCUGUAUUAUUUUGCCAUUAGCAAACGGCAAACAGAUGCAAUCAUUUUUAAAAAUAGUAAGAAUUAUCAAAUGGCCAUAUCUCACUAUUGAAUUAUUUCUAUGUCGAUCAAGCUUCAAAGGAAUUAGCUUUCUCGCUCAGACAGGAACCGCAGAGAGGCAGGGACCUCACGUUUGGCAAUGGAAAAAUUAUUUAUGAAAUUAGAAUAAAAUCGCCAAAAAUAUGAUGCAGAAAAAUUUCAUAAUUUAAAUGUAAUUUUUUCCUUGGCAGAGUAGUCGCGCAUAUAGACGACAGACAUGAAGGGUUACUUGUGAUAUGUUAAUUGUUCCAAUUAUAACCUCAUGGCGAUAUAGGUUUAUGUCCCUUUACCCUAUAACUCCCAGAAGUGAUGAACAUAUAACUUCUCCCUGUAAUAUCCAGCCAUUAUCCAGCAAAAAGUAAUGAGAAUGCACAAAGUUAUCAGUUAGAAAUUGUUAUAUUGAUCUAACACCAAAUUCUUAUGACUGAUUUACAAGGAAAGGCGUAGCAGCUUGAGGGGAGAAUUAACAAUUAGAUCUCGGGAGUUAAGGAGUUAAAUGGCUUUUUUUCGGUGAGCGAACCUCACAUGGAAAAAAGGCUAUUUUUAUAAUUUGUGUAUUUCGACCCAAAUUCAUGUCUGAUUUUGGUUUUGUAUUCUCUGGUUCAGUCGCUGAAGGCAUGACCAUUUUAUUUUCACGUUGAUCGUUGAUAAAAACGUGGCGGAAAGUUUGUAAAGAAACAUUUGCCGUCAUUCUAGUGGAGCUCAAAUAAACAUUUCCCGUGUGAAUAGGCCCGGCCGUUGCCCCG